AUCCCUAUAAUAAUCAGCGAUCUGGGCAUUUGGAAUUUACGAGGACUCGAGAAGGCAGCAGAAGCCCCGUGACGUCACGUGACAGCCUUCCGCGGGAAAUUCAGUACUGGCUGAACGGUUUAUAUCUGUCUUAUUUGGAUUAAAAACAACAACAACAUCGCUAUAUAAAACCUUAUAACGCACAACAUUAAUGUCAGUGGACGUUGCAGGUACAGCCAACGUCAUAAUAUGUCAAAGAAGAAAGGAUUAAGUUUGGAGGAAAAGAGAACUCGCAUGAUGGAGAUUUUCUUUGAAUCGAAAGAUGUGUUUCAGCUGAAAGACAUUGAGAAGAUCGCCCCCAAGUCAAAAGGCAUAACUCCCAUGUCAGUGAAGGACGUACUGCAGAGCCUGGUGGACGACAACAUGGUGGACUGUGAAAGAGUGGGUACAUCCAACUACUACUGGGCCUUUCCCAGCAAGGCCCUGCACGCUCGCAAGCGCAAACUAGAGGAGCUGCAAAGCCAGAUUUCUGAAACAAAGCAGCGGCAAGUGUCUGUACAGAAAGCGGUUGAAAAAGAAAAAGUUGGACGUCAAGAUACAAAGGAGAGGAGCUCUCUACUGAAGGAGCUGCAGGCUCUGAGAGAGGAGCGAACUCAGCUGCAGGCCGAGCUGGAGAAGUACAGAGAAUGUGACCCAGAGGUCGUAGAGGAGAUGAGAAAGUCAAAUGUCGUAGCAAAAGAAGCUGUUUCCAGGUGGACAGACAAUGUUUUUUCCAUCAAGUCAUGGACAAAGAAGAAAUUCUCCUUUGAUGACAGCCGCAUUAAUAAAGCUUUUGGGAUCCCAGAGGAUUUUGACUACAUGGACUGAUUGCCAGCUUUUCUACCAGCAUUGAUGUUCACAAUAAGCGAAAAGAUAAGUGUUUAAGCUUCAGUUUGAAGCCAGUAUACCUGGUGUCAGCAGUUCUAGUUUAUGUUCUGUGUAUUAGAGUGAAAAUAAAUGCACCAGGAUUCAUAUUUAUGGACUUUGAAUACAGACAGAUAUCAGUGAUUUUACUGUGGCAGAUGGACUUUAUCAACCGAUAUGUUGCUUUGGUGCAACCAGAGAAGAGCAGCACCAAGCAUUAGCGGUUGUGAAGGGUGAGGGGGUUAUGUGAUGAACACAACUGAGCAGCCUGACUUUUGGGACACCUGUUUGCAUGAAAACUGAGAGGCCCAAGUUGAUGAUGGAACGGAAUCAACACUUAACACAUCUGUGCAGCCAGUGAUCUAAUUUGUAUGGUUUAAACAGAUGGUUUGGAAUCAAACCCCUGUGCUCUUUCUUUUCCUACUUUUUAUUUUUGCUGAGAUGAAAAGAAAAACUCUUCGUUUACCAAAAGUGCACUGACAGGAGAAUUAAAUUACAGACGAUAUGUUUAGGAUAUGUUAUGUGUACAAGUGCUGUAAAUAUUUAAAGUGCAUUUACUUUUUGCA